AUGAUAAUGAGACAAAUUGCAUGUCGACCGGUAAAGUAUGUAUUGACUGGUGUUAUGACAAACAUUCAAGAAGAUAUUCUUGUGGUGAUUGAAGGAAGGGAAUACCAGGUACAUGUAAAGGAAAUUGCUCCUUGGGAACCUGAUAUUGCAGAUGAUGGAAGUCUUUAUGAUGAUGAGAAUAAGUCGAAUGAUCCUUUAGAAGAAGGUUAUGGAGAUCACUUUGAUGGUGAAACAGAUUAUGAUAAUCAAGAUGAAGAAAGGAGUAUAGAUGAGAAUGUAAAUGGACAUGGUGAAAAGAGCAAUAUUUAUCAGGGGCUAAAGAGCAUAUCGAGAGCAACGAUGAAAGGAGUGAAACAGGUGGUACAAAACCUUUGGGUUUUGGUGGGUAGAGAUUUCAAGAACAAAAAACUAGGGAUUGUCAAGGUCCCUUUCAACAUUCAGGUAAUGAAUUUAAGCAUUCAUGGAGGACAGGGUCGGUGA